GAAAAACUUAUAGGAUAUAUGGGCCAGGAUAAAGAAAAAGGCCAUGAAUUUGAUUUAACAGUCGCCUAUAUCCUUACAUUAAAACAUAUUCAAGAAGACAAAUGCGCAUUAUGUCUUAUUGAAAUGAAAUUCGAAUGGGAUCGGCCAGGAGAUAUAUCCCAGUAG